CUUACUUUAAGCUCUUCAAAACCUUCCAUUUUUUCCUCUCUGAAAAUCUCCCACCAAAAUUCGAGCUCCCACUUCUCAUCCUCACUUUCACUCUUCUCAAGAUGCAAGAUCCGGCAUACUCCAAGCCGUUCUUCACCGGAACGGCGCCGUGUCCGCCCCCAUUCCGGCAGUCGAACCACCGGAGAGCCCACUCCGAAGUCAACUUCCGUCUGCCGGAGGACAUGGAUCUGGCUUCUGACACCUUGAACGCCGCUCCGGCGGGGAGCUUCGAGGAGAUCGGAUCGGAGGACGAUCUCUUCUCGACCUACAUGGACAUGGAGAAGAUAGGCGGCGGAUCCGGCCCGGGAGAUGCGGGUGUCGACAAUGCCGGCGGUGGAGGCGCGGAGGAGAGUGGGAAUGGCGGGAUGAAGAACCAGAUCCGUCCCCGACACCGGCAUAGCAACUCCGUGGAUAGCUCGAGCUUCAUGAUGCUUGGGGAAGGUGUGAUUGAGGCUAAGAAAGCCAUGGCUCCGGAUAAGCUGGCUGAGCUCUGGACAAUUGAUCCCAAAAAAGCCAAAAGAAUUCUAGCGAAUCGGCAAUCGGCUGCUAGAUCAAAAGAGCGGAAGGCACGCUAUAUAUCCGAACUUGAGAGGAAAGUUCAGACCCUUCAAACAGAAGCUACCACUCUUUCUGCACAACUCACCCUAUUCCAGAGGGAUACAACAUGUCUAAGUAAUGAGAACACUGAGCUUAAGCUCCGUUUGCAAGCCAUGGAACAACAGGCUCAACUACGUGAUGCUUUGAACGACGCACUGAAGCAUGAGGUCGAAAGACUCAGAAUAGCUACAGGGGAAAUGGCAGCCCCCUCGGAUGACAUCUACAGUUUGGGAAUGCAGUCGUACAGUCAGCAAACCACCUUGUUUUCACAUGAACCGCAAUCAAUUGAGUCGCGGAGCAUGCAGAUUCCUCCUCAGUAUCAUCAUCAUCAAUGGCAGCAGCAGCAAGAUCCUGUGGGCCACUUCCAGGGUCUCGAUAUCAAUGGCAGAAGCUCCCGCAGUGUGAAAACUGAAACCCCAUCUAUAUCUGCCAGUGAAAGCAACCACAGCACAACUACAUUCUAAUCCCUAUGUUUAUUCAUUCAAUUGUUCAUACAGCUGACUUAGUGGCAGAGGCGGUAUAUGCUAGGGCACUCCCCCCCCCCCCAAGGCAAUUCCGGCAAUGGUGUCCUUCGUAGUAUGGUGCCCCCCCCCCUCCUGAAAUACAACCCUGCUAUAUUGUCCUGACCAUCCAUGUUUAACGUCACCCGUAAAAUAAUUCUUUUUUUUAAAAAAAAUAUCACCCAUUCUUCCGGGGCAAGGAUUCUCUCCAAUACAAGUGUUUGUACAACAACAACAACAAGCAAAAUCAGUAGAGUCUCACAGAAGUAGGGUUUGGGAAGUGCAUAUAUGCAAACUUUUCUCUUACAUGGAAGUCGAGAGGCCAAUGCGGUUUGUGGCCGAAGGAAAAUAAAGCCACGAACGUUGCAGGGUACCAUUCGACAACCUUACUCAAGUGUCCAUUUUUCUUCAAUUAGUUUGAUUUUAUUCAUUUUUUACUCAACAUUUUAUUGAUGUACUAUCAUUUAUUCAACUCAUUGUUGAUGUGGGGGAGGCCAUGACUCAUGUGCUUAUUGAUUCUAUUGU